AUGAUUUUUCGGAGUCUCGCGCUGCUAUUAGACUGGACCAGCGGCGCGGAGAUGAUAAUCGGCAAGCCGGUGUCACCAUGCUCCACGAUCUGCUAGCCAUCAUUUGUUACCUAGCCGUCCACACGACCGUCACUGGUGCCUAUUUUCCUGCAUGCGAUCCGGGCAAAUACAUCUGCGCAGGCAGUUGUCCUGCUCUACCCGAUGGAAUACAACUGAGCGAAGGCAAAGCUGCCAUAUGUCUUCGGGACACCGAGUCGGAUGCCUGCGUUUGUUGGCUUCGCAAUCCAUCCAAACAGCUAAAUACUGUAUUCCAAUGCACAGCAAUUGUGAAUGGCACCGAAUCUCAAGUCUUGUGCCAAGCGCCAAAUUAUUGCUUCCACCCACACCCUGAGCCCACUUGCCUCAUCGUCACCCCUUGUCCUUGCCUCGAGCACAACACUGGAUCUGCCUCAUCUUACUUCGGGUCCUGGAGACCCGUCAAGGCUUUAAUCCUCACGGGGAUCAAAACAGAGGAACAAGAUGAUUCUCCCGUUGAAAAAGUCACAGGAGACAUAAGAGAAUUUAGUUUGAAGCAUUUACUUUUUUUAGUAGCAUUUGUGAUUGCGCCGCUAUUUUGUUGGUGCCUCCUAAAUUUCUUCCACGAAGGCAAGUGUCGAAAGAAAUCCCCUCAGCCCCCACCCGAGGCUCAGCCCAUCCCUACUGCCAGAGGCUCGACGGUGGACAACAUGAACAACGAGGAUGGGGAUCAUCAGCAGACUCCAUCUUGCCCUCUCUCUAUCAGCAGCAGGUCUGCCUCAGUCACUUCACAGAGAGUUAUUCCUCCAGAUGGUGCGCCUACCGCUCCCGAAGAAGUGGCAGUGGUUGUGUGUGCGGCAGCAGAGCCCCAGAACGUGGUCAAGUGGGAGAGUCCCCCUUCUUACUUCGACACGCCGGACAGCAGGGGUCCUGUUGACUAUGGCCCACCACCAUCCUAUGAAGAUGCUGUAUUAGGACCAAACGCCAAUGGCCCUCAUUUGUGGCAAACUGUGUAUGUAGUUCCUUCUGGGCCGCAAGAUCACGUUUGAUCUAUUUACUGCAAAAAUGAAGCAUUUUUCAACAGUCAAGGAAAUGUUCUUUAAAAAAGUGAUUUUCAUACAUUUCAAUUUCGUUGAAAUAGUCUUUUAUUUUUCGAUCAAAUAGAUAUGACCGGUGCAAAUUGCUCAAAACUUUAUUAGAGAUUGGCGCGGUUUUCUGUAAGUAUGUGUACAUCAUACAAUAGAAUCACAGGAAAAUGUACUAUAGUGUGUUUGAGUUGGAGCCUUUACAAAACUUACAAUAUAGGGCCAUGAUUGCAGCUGCAUUAUUUGCAUUCGAGAAGGUUAAGAAUGGUGUCAAUACUUUCAUCCUUUCAUAAGACAAUGUACAUCAACCUACACCAUUGGAAGAGUUUUUCUAUAUCUGGCUACUCGAAAAAAAUGUACAAACAAAAAAAACAAAACCUGAUGUGGUAUAUUGCAAGUCAAUAAAUUUUACCGUAAAAAUUAUAAAAAUUGAUACGAGAGGCAGUUAGAAGCAAAGGGAUGCAAGUGCCAAAAUUAAAAUUUGUAGCUAAUCAGUACUCCGUUUUAGGGCAAGAGAUGGUACAAUAGCUCAAGUGGGUGCUGCUGUACAGCAGGAUUUAGAAAAGAAUUUCCUUGAAAGUCUACUUAGGAUCUAUACUUGUAAUGAGUUUUGCUCGAAACUUUAAAACGUCCACUUAUAUACCACCCUUUUGCUUCUCACCACCUCAUAUGGUUUUAAAAGCAAUGUUAAUCUGCAACUGAAGUUCCAGUUGCCUUUGUCCAACUUUUAAAUUUAGCGCUUGUGAUGGGUGACGAUGUCCUGGUACUUUUCAUCUAUGUAAAACUCUAUUUUAUUUUGAGCUUAUACAAAAAAUAUUUUUAUUUUGAGAUUGUACAGAAAAAUAUAAAAGGUUUUUAAAAGUUCCACAAGAUUUUUUUUUUUUAGCUAAAAGAUUUUUUUUACGAAAGUGUAUUAAAUUUUAAAAUGAAAAGCUGGAUUUCCUUUGUCAGAACAUAAAAAUACUCACCGACUUUCUUUUUUUCAAAAGGCUUAAUUUAAAGUCAGCUACAAGCGAUGUACAGAACAAUCGAGGAAUUUAACGUUUAUAUCCUUAAUGUAUCACUUUUUAUUCGUGUGAGGCAAAAUAUUCUUUAUCGAUCUUUCGAUAAAAUAUCGUGUUUCGGAUUAUGAUGUUCAAUGUCCGAAAAUUUCUGAAAAGUAAUAGUUUGUUCAUUUAAGAGCAUUUAUGUAGGUUUAAAAUUGCAACAUAUACCUGUUUGAAAAAUGUCAAAAUAUUAUAAGUGCAAUAUGCAAUGUCUUUAUGAUUCAAAAUUUUGCUACAUUCAACGAUGGCACUGAGAAAACCUUUGCAUUUACUUAGACGCAACACAAAAAGUGAUUUAAAAAAUUAAUUUUUAUUUAAAAACUAGAAAAUCGUCCGUCAAGGUGUAACAGCUGAAAAUUGAUUCUACAUUUGAACGAAGUAAUUGCCUGUUUAGCGAUAGUUUGGUACUUGAAAUUGACCCUUAACUCCAGUAGAUAGCGUUCAUUGUUAACCACUUUUUCGUUUCUUCGUUUUCCUAAAUGAGAGUCUUACCAGUAAAACAGUUAGGAUGCCGGAUCCAGUUCAGUCUCGUCAAAAUAAAGCAUUUCCCUGCAUAUUAAACAUUGCCAAAAUAUAUUAUAAAAUUAUCAUGCCCUGGCGCGAGUUUCAUUGCUGGUGCCGUCAGGAGCGUUACUCGAUCAGUGAAUUCGCUAUUAUAUACAUAUGAGGAUAUUAAUAAAUUAAAAUAAACGAAGAAAAAUUCAUUUUCAGUUACUUUGAUUUAGCGCCCUCUUAAGAAAUAAGUCUCAAAUCAAAAGAAUAACGUCUAUGAAAAACUAAACUCAUAUUAGCAAAAAACUUCUUUCAGUAUACUUUCCGUAGUAUAAUAACGGUGAAAACGAGUUUGUUGAUUUUUUUUUAAAAUCUGUCUUGGUGAAUCCAAAAUCAUCGAUUAUAUCGCACUUCCAAUGCAAUACCUCCACAACUCAAGAUCAACUCGUUUUUCUGGAGGCAAAAUUCGAAAGUUUUUUUUUUAAAUUUAAUUGUAUCUUAAUUCAUAUUUAUCAGAAGGUAAAUGACAUUUUUGAUAUGUAUUCCUUGUACUAUUUUUUCUCCAAAUAGAUAGAUACAAUUAUGAUGAAGUUAUCUCACAAUUCAGUUCGGGUUAUUUUUAGAAAGAUGUGUCAGGAAGUAUUCGACAAAACAUACCUAAUUCUGAAUUUACUGCCAUCUUCAUUUAUUUACGGCCAUUUUGCGUUGGAGGUGCGAUCAAAAAAUCAAUAAAUCCAAUACGUAACUGAAUUUUAAAAAAAUGUUAACAUUCCUAAAAUGAAUGAAGUCGCUUGUCUUUUCUGGAGAAAAGAAAUGACGUAAUUCGAUAGUUUUGUUCGUUAAUUUUUGUGCAAUUUUAAGUACUAUGAAGGUGUUAACCCUGUGAAUGGCGUAAAAAAUUUCAUUUAAGAAUGAAGUUUGGUAUAUUUUCAGAAAGUACGUGGGCAGUCUGGUCUUGUAUAUUAAUGUGAGGUAUUUUAUGUACUUAAAAGCUUUAUUUUGUGUCAAGUAAUCGUUUUAUACAUGUUUGAAUAAACUAUUCAUUUUUAUACAGUUGAA